AUGGCAAUCCCCAUACCCAACAUUGAUGAGAUCAAAGCGUCCAUCGACGCAACCCUGGACAAUCUCGAGUCCCCCUUGCGAGAGCUCAACCAAGAGAUAUGGUCAAACCCUGAAACCGCAUACCAGGAGCACAAAGCCCACGAGACCAUCUGCGCCUUUCUCGAAGCCCAAGGCUGCACUGUCACCCGCCACGCCUAUGGACUCGACACCUCCUUUGAAGCAGCUUGCGGGUCCGGCGGCCGGCUGAUCAACUUCAAUGCAGAGUACGAUGCUCUCCCUGGGAUCGGGCAUGCCUGCGGGCACAAUCUCAUUACCACGAGCAGCGUGGCAGCAUUCCUGGCACUGUCAGCCCUGGUGAAGAAGUAUGGGAUCCCUGGACGGACGCAGUUGCUCGGGACACCGGCCGAGGAGAACGGGGGUGGGAAGACAAAGUUGAUUGAAAAGGGAGCGUACAAGGGAGUCGAUAUCUCGCUUAUGGCUCAUGCUGGACCUAAGAAGCUCUUCCCGGGUGUUGACUCGGACGGUGUCGCCGGUGUACUCAUGAACGCACGCAAGGAGAUCCACUGCGAGUUUACCGGCAAGUCCGCGCAUGCUGGGGGUAACCCCUGGGACGGGAUAAAUGCGCUGGAUGCUCUCGUUAGUGCGUACAACAACGUUUCUGUGCUGAGGCAGCAGAUGGAGCCUGAUGAGAGGGUGCAUGUCGCGUUCACGGAGACGCCCACUGUGGCCAAUGUCAUUCCGGAGCGGACCAAGGCGUACUGGCAGGUGCGCAGUCCGACGCUGAAGGGGCUGGAUCGGUUGAUGGGAAGAGCCAGGAAUUGUAUCGAGGCAGGGGCGUUAUCGUCGGGAUGUCGCGUCGAUAUUGUCGAGGAUCAACUGUAUACUGAUAUCAAGAUCAAUGACGCCCUCUGCGAACGAUACCAGACUCACAUGGCUCAUAUCGGAAACGUGAGCUAUCUCGUUCCAACACUGCAUGCCAUGUUCGCCGUUACGGACCAGGAAGGCUCAUUCCUUCACCACUCUUCGUUUGCUACUGCUGCUGGGACAGAUACUGCGCACGCGGAAGCAGUCAUUGUGGGCAAGUCUCUAGCAAUGAUCGGGUGGGAGAUUUUGACAGAAGAGGGGCUUUUUCAGACGGCAAAGAAGCAAUGGGAGAUUGCCAUUCUGGAGUGA